AUGCAGCUACUUCCGCUUCUUGGCCUCGGGCUGGCAGUUCUCACAGUCCCCACUGCUGCUCACACUUGGAUAGAAUGUGUUUCUACCACAGUCCCAAAUCUCGAUGCUGCCCGCUCCUCUCCUGGGACCGUUCUCCCUAACAAUGUCUGCUCUGGUUACCCCAGAAAUAAAGCUCUGGAUGGCAAUUGGGUUGAUGAAUCCACCCACUAUUCCUGGAACCUGAACCAUCCAGACACCAAUCCCAAUGGCCUUGCUUGCAAUCCUACUCAAACCAACCAAUAUCCACCUGGGAAGCCAAUGACCACUGCCAAGCCAGGAGCGACCCUCAUGAUGCGGUACUGGGGCAACGGGCAUACCAGUUACGCCUUCGGGCUCCCUCCUAACAAGGAUCCUGGCCUCGUCCGUAUAUACUGGAAGGGGGCUAAGGAACUCGAGUUUGGCCCAAAGAGCGAGCUGACGAGUGCCAACUGGCUUCCUGGUGCACAAGCCAACUUCUCAGCGGAGGCAAUCACGAGGAAGCUGCCUGACGGGAGGCCAGAUGAUAUCGCCAACUACAUGCAUUUUACGCUGCCGGCUGAUAUGGAGAAUGGACGGCAUGUGAUGGUGUUUGCAUGGGCUGGCGAGCGUGGAUUUCUGAAUAAUGGUCCUGGAUGGAAGCAGACGGAUUAUAACAACGAGUGGGUGAAUACGUAUACGACAUGCUUCGAUAUAAUGGUGGAAGGAUCAACUCAUCAAGGGCCUUCGGCGGGGAGCGGUGGUAGUGGUGGUGAUGGGGGAGCGGCGGAUAUGUGUUCUUCGACACCAUGCAGGAAAGGAGGAAUGAGCUCUGCGGCGUGUACCGGGAAGUCAUGCCCGCCGUGUAGGUACCGUAAGGGUGAUGGGGUGGAUUGCUAUGAGUAUAAGGAUGGGAAGUGCCCGUUUGGCAAUGCUUUUGAUUGUCUGCUCAACAAGCAGGUAUAG